UUCCAAUUCCGCAGCAUCCGAACCAAACCCUCACCGUCUCGCCGCCACCCACUCGCCGGCGCGGAUUGGAGCACCCAACGCCGGCGCUCUCGCCGCUGCUCUCGUUGCCGUUCGCGCGCCACGCAUCAGCUGAUUAGCCGCUCGUUGCCUCCCCGGAGAUGGCGGCGGGAUCUAUGGAGACUGCCCUCAUGAGCGAUCCGACGGCCAAGCUCCCCGACGACCUCCUGGUGGAGAUCAUGUCGCGCGUGCCGUACAAGUCCACCCGCUGCUGCAAGUGCGUCUCCACGCGCUGGCGGGACCUCAUCUCCCACCCCGACCACCGUGACAAGCUUCCCCGGUCGACCCUCGCCGGCUUCUUCUACAAGACCUACGACAUGGACAGCCGUCCAUUUGGAUCUCAUGGUUACAGCAGCGUCUCAGGGAACUGGUGUCCUAUUGACGCCUCCCUCUCAUUCCUGCCCAAAUGCAAGGAGCUCGACUUGUUGGACUGCUGCAACGGCCUUCUCCUCUGUCGAUGUUCGAAGCCUUAUCCUGAGACGCCAGAUUACGUGGUGUGCAAUCCUGCCACUGAGAAUUGGGUAACUGUCCCUGCCAACGAAUGGUCCGAGUUCUCGUAUGCUCGCCUGGGAUUCGACCCUGCCGUCUCCUCACAUUUCCAUGUGUUCGAGUUGGUACCUGGCGUGGCUUUCAAUGCGAAUUUGAAGUAUGAUUAUAACAUCGAAGAGGUGGGGAUCUACUCCUCCAAAGCUGGAGGCUGGACACAUCAAAUUGAAUGGGACCAUCCAACUGAAAUACGCAACUUUUCAGGUGGCUCAUUUCUCAGGGGCGUGUUGUAUUUAUGUUCCUAUGAUAAUUUGGUUGCAGUCAUCGACGUCGAGGGAAACUACCGUUUCAUUCCUCCUCCUACUUUUCAUGAUGCUCGUUGUGGUCCUUAUGUUUAUGUAUCACGAGGACAAUUGUUUCUCGCAAAUUAUGGCGCUGCUGAAGCAUCAAUCUGGGUACUUGAAGAUUCUAGUAGUGAACGGUAUUGGACCUUGAAGUACAAUGUGAGCUACUUGCAACUGUUCGGUUCAAGCUCUAAGGAAUAUUACGGUGUUAUCUCAGCCCACCCAGAAGACGAUGUGAUAUUCAUAACGGUACAGUCUACAUUAUCGGGGCACCGAUUACAGAUGAAAUUAUUUUCAUACAAAAUUGAUUCUAAGGAGCUGCGUUUCAUAUGUGAUCUUGGAUGGACUUCGAGGCGCCCUUAUCUUCCAUAUGUUCCUUUGUUCUCAGAGUCAUUGGCAGAUGGGCACUAAAUGUCUUGUGUAUUAGAGCCUCACGGUUGUCCGCCUUUCUGAUGAUGAUUGUGGAGUUUGAUCUCGAUUCUUGAAUAUGAGCAACAGUAAUCUGGGUAAGUUCUGAGAAGCUGUUGCUGCUUGAGUGAAGUCAUGGACUGACUUUAUGCUGCUAGCUCUUCAGUCAAUUUAGUACUCUGCCUGUGUUUUUGUAGUUCUGUACUUAAUCAUGGAUAUGUGACCGUCUUGUUGAAACUAGUAUGAAUAUUUUAAGAUCUGGAGUCUGGUCUCUGUUAUCUCUCUGUUUGUGAAUAAUUUGACGGUAUACCAGCAUGUGUUUCCGACAGUACAUGAAUGGUUAUAAUAUUCAGGUUCUUAAUCUUA